UUCUCGCCGUCGUAGAUGUCGCCGUCCCACGCGUAUACAAGCUACUCUUGACGUGAAAAUGCUCUACCAGGCGCGGCUGAAGACCGUCGGUGCAGCUCUACUCAUGGUUCGCUGUCCUCGGCGAGGGACCUGUGUUUAUUAUUGCGUCAAUAUAAUAAAAACGGCAUAGUUUAUUUCGAGAUAUUCGUAAUUCCGCAGCCAGACUUCCUGACUGGCGGCGGUAGAGGUACACUUUCUAUCUGGCUAGGAGAGGGCAGGCAUCACAGGACGGUUUCAUUCUCUGUACCAUUGUUCCUGCACGAUCCUAUCGGACGUCUCUAAUGCUUCUCUUUCUCUUGGUAUAUCAUCCCGUGACCAUACCAUUGGUCAUACGCUAGGCCGCGCUGGGUAUAUAUACUUCGUUAUUUAUGUCUGCCCCAAUCUAACAAUCAUGAUCGAUUCCCUUCAGGAUAGCAACAAUUCAAAGGGCCCUGACAGCGAAAAGAGCCAUUACAGUGUUGAACUCGAUGCACCAUUAGCAAGGAGGGUAUGGCUCAAGCUGGAUUUAUUCCUGCUACCUGUAAUAGCAAUGUUCUAUUUUUUGUCAUUCCUCGACAGAACGAACAUCGGCAAUGCGCGCGUUGCUGGCCUUCAAAGCGACCUCCAAAUGACAAACAAGCAGUAUAGCAUUGCGUUGACCGUCACUUACGUUCCGUAUAUCGCCGCUGAGUUACCUUCAAAUCUGUUGCUUCGAGUCGUUGGUCCAAACUAUCUCCUCCCGACCUUAUUGACCAUCUGGGGCGUGGUCACCACCCUUCAAGGAGUGGUGACGAGCUAUAGUGGCCUCCUUGCCUGUCGGUUCUUCAUCGGGCUGUUCGAAGGCGGCGUCUUCCCAGGAUUGGUGCUGUACCUCACGCAUUUCUACCCACGUGCCAAGAUGACCACCCGUGUAUCGGCAUUUUUCGCAUCCGCCUCACUCUCAGGAGCAUUUUCGGGAAUCCUUGCGUAUGGUAUUAUACGCAUGGAUGGCGUAGGAGGGCGCGCAGGGUGGCGAUGGAUAUUUAUCCUCGAAGGCGCAUUCACAGUCGCUUGGGGCAUAAUGAGUUAUUUUCUUAUGCCUCGAGAUGCUAUGGCAGCGAGAUUUUUGCGUCCAACUGAACGCGAAUAUGUCGCUAGUCAGGUUGUUGAGCCUGGAGGAGAGCAGUUCGAAUGGAGAGAGGUCAGGAAGGCAUUCGUCGCGCCACAUGUUUGGAUCCUCGGCGUUGUAUUCUUCUUUUCGGGUGCCCUCCUCUUUGGCCUAGCUUACUUCACGCCAUCAAUUGUCCAGAGCUUGGGAUAUACUGCUGCUCGCUCCCAGCUCAUGAGUGUGCCACCGUUUGCUGCCGCUUUUGCGUUGUCAAUGACGACCGCGUACCUAUGCGACAGGUUCCAUAUCCGAGGUCUUGUCUGUGUUGUCACCUCCAUUAUCGCCCUGAUAGGAUUCGUUAUAUUCCUUACCUCGUCGUCGGCAAACGCCCGGUAUGGUAGCCUCUUUCUGUCGAUCCCUGGUGCGUAUACCUCCGCCCCGACCUUGUCCACCUGGAACGCGGCGAAUUCAGCACCGCAUGUUCGCCGCGCUACGGCAAUUGCUAUUGGGUUCAUGAUGACGAGUGCUGGAGGAAUUUUGUCGACGUGGUUGCUUGGUAGUUUGAGCACUGCGCCCAAGUACGUGCUCGGGACCAGGGUAAUGGUGGGGUUCAGUGGUGGGAUGGCUGUCGGGUCGGCAUUAUGCUUGGGGUAUUUCGUGUGGAUGAAUCGAAGGAAGAGGCAGAUGCUGGGACGGGAAGUUAAAGGAAUGGAUGGGGAUUUGGCCCCGUCGUUUAUGUAUUUGCUAUGAUGGUAGUAAUGCGUAUGUUACCUAUGUGACAAGUUCCUGAUCAGAGGCCUUGUUUGUAUUGUCACCUCCAUCAUGUCCUUGAUAGGAUUUAUCAUGUUUCUCACCUCGUCGUCGGCAGACACCCGGUAUGGGAGCUUCUUUUUGACUAGACCUGCUGUGUACAGCGCCAAUCCGACAUUGGGGUCCUGGAACUCUACCAAUUCGGCACCACACGUGUCUAUUUCAGGGAGAAUUCAAUCUAUCACUCUUUCACCGCACCAGAUAGUCAAUCUGGAAAGGAGGCUGUGAAACAUUGAUGAGCGAAGCGUCAACAUGGAUGCUCAUCUAGGUAUUAUGGAGAGGCAAAUCUUCGAGCUGCAGAACACCGUAUCCGCUG